AUGCAGGCACGAGAGACUUUCCCGCCCAUUCCUUGGGGCCCGUCUGACCUGGUCAAGGUGAUGGCGUCCAGCCUGGCGGCGGCGGCGCUCUUCGCGGCCACCAAUGCGACGCUCUUGCGCGCCCCCGCGGACCCUGCCGCGGCGGCCGCAGCGGGGGCGCCCCUGCACCUUGCGCGCGAGGGGCUACUCGCUGCGCUGCUGCCGGCCGCGGUGCUGGCCGCGCUGGCGCCGCGCGCGCCGUGGCGGGCGGGCCUGCUGCAGGCGCGGUGGGACGGGGCGUGGGCGGUGCGGACGCUGGCGGCCUGCGCGGUGGUGUUCCCUCUGGCAGACCCGCUGCUCUACCACGCAUGGGCGCCGGCUGCCGAGGCGCUGUUCGGCCCGCCAGCCGGCGGGGCGCUCGCGGGGCAGGUCAGGGCGGCGGCGGAUGCAGGCGACUGGGGCGGCCUCGGGGCACACCUCUUGGCCAGCGGGCUCGUGGGGCCUGUGUGGGAGGAGGUGUUUUGGCGGGGCUUCUUCCUGGCCUCCCUCACCAAGGUCCUGCCCCUCCCAGCAUGCGUAGCCCUCAGCUCCCUCAACUUCGCGGCGCUCCACCUCAGCCCCGCCAACUUUGCGCCGCUGCUGCUGCUUAGCGCGACGGCCGACGCGCUGUACCUGCGCACCCACAACCUGAUGCCGCCGCUGCUGCUGCACUGCCUGUGGAACAGCUCGCAGCUGCUCGCGAUUGCGUUUCUGGGAAAGCAGGAGUUUGUGUAA